AGUGCUGCGGCCCCAUCUUGGCUCCGCUCGGGGCGGGGGGGUCGGGCGGCGGCGGCGGCGGCGGCUCCGCACCCGGCACCAUGGACGAGGCCUACGACGUGAUCGUGCUGGGCACCGGCCUGACAGAAUGUAUCCUUUCUGGAAUCAUGUCUGUGAACGGCAAGAAGGUCCUGCACAUGGACCGGAAUCCAUACUACGGGGGCGAGAGCUCAUCAAUUACUCCCUUGGAAGAGCUCUACAAGCGCUUUGAGAUUUGUGAUGGCCCCCCUGAAUCUAUGGGGCGUGGCCGGGACUGGAAUGUUGACCUUAUCCCCAAAUUCCUCAUGGCCAAUGGCCAGCUGGUGAAAAUGCUGCUGUAUACGGAAGUGACACGCUAUCUAGACUUCAAAGUGGUGGAAGGCAGCUUUGUCUACAAGGCAGGAAAGAUCUACAAAGUGCCGUCGACCGAGACAGAGGCUCUGGCAUCCAAUCUCAUGGGCAUGUUUGAGAAGCGGCGCUUCCGUAAGUUCCUGGUGUUUGUGGCAAACUUUGAUGAGAAUGACUCAAAGACAUUGGAAGGGGUGGAUCCUCACGGCACCACAAUGCGCGAGGUCUAUCGACGUUUUGACCUGGGCCAGGAUGUCAUUGACUUCACAGGCCAUGCGCUGGCACUCUACCGCACCGAUGACUACUUGGAUCAGCCCUGCUUGGAGACCAUCAACCGCAUCAAACUGUACAGUGAAUCCCUGGCCCGCUAUGGGAAGAGUCCCUAUCUCUACCCACUUUAUGGUCUGGGUGAACUACCCCAGGGCUUUGCCAGGCUCAGCGCCAUCUAUGGUGGCACCUACAUGCUCAACAAGCCAGUGGAUGAGAUUGUCAUGGAAGGUGGCAAGGUCAUCGGGGUCAAAUCUGAAGGCGAGGUGGCACGCUGCAAGCAGUUGAUCUGCGACCCCAGCUAUGUGCCAGAUCGGGUGCGCCCGGCAGGGAAGGUGGUGCGUGUCAUCUGCAUCCUGAGCCACCCUAUCCGUGGCACCAAUGACUCUAACUCCUGUCAAAUCAUCAUCCCCCAGAACCAAGUGGGGCGCAAAUCUGAUAUCUAUGUCUGCCUGAUCUCCUCUGCCCACAAUGUGGCUGCGCAGGGCAAGUACAUUGCCAUUGUCAGCACUACUGUGGAGACGGAUUCUCCUGAGAAUGAAGUGCAGCCAGCCCUCGAACUUCUUGAGCCUGUCGACCAAAAGUUUGUGGCCAUCAGUGACAUAUAUGAGCCUACCGAUGAUGGAACUGAAAGUCAGGUAUUCUGCUCACGGUCGUAUGAUGCCACCACCCACUUUGAGACAACAUGUGAUGACAUCAAAGACAUUUACCGGCGCAUGGCAGGGGCUCCCUUUGACUUUGAGAGCAUGAAACGGCGCCAGAAUGAUGUCUUCGGCGAGGAUGAGCAGUGACUACUCCCCUUCUCUUUCUCUCCCCCCAUCCCCAUCCUCCCCCCCCCCCCGGUUUUCCCCAUGCAAGGGACCAUACUCCCACUAGGGACUGGCUUUACCCCACACCUCAUCUGAGACUGGCUCUUCCAGAUAUUCAUUCAGCUAUGAUUGAUUUCUCCUAAUUGCGACCAAUCCCCUUAACCCGCAGAGAGAAAAGACAUUCCUAGUUUAUUUUUCCACUCGCAUCUCCCUAUCUUUCUGCUCACAAGAGAAAGACCCCUCCCCGUCCCCCAACAACUGAGUUUGCAUCAGAGUUGGUGCAACUGAAAUUCUUUGGAGACUCAUUCUCUUAUAGAACAGGGAUUUGUAUUAUAUUCAAUUGCAUGCAUUUAACCUCUGCUGGCUACCAACUUCUAGGAAAAAGCAGGCUUGGGCAGGGGUGAUUUGGCACACUCUUCUGCUGCAGCUCCUUCCCUCUGCAUGUAUGUAAGGAUAAACACACAUCUGAAAGCGGGCAGAAGUAAGCACACUAGUCACUUUUCCACUUCCAGUUGCCCCAUCACAAAUCUGUUCCUAGAAGAAGCAGACACCAGGGGUUUAAAGGCAUGUAAUUGCGUAGAGCAUGCAGUUUGGCCUUUGUUCCUGCUGCUAAUCUCAAACUUUCCUCAUCUCUUCCACUUUGCCCUCCUCUCUACUCUCAGCUCCCAUGUUAUUUUCUGUGCCUCACAAUUUCCCCCCCCCUUUCCCCCCAGUUCUGAUCCCAGUGAAUUGGCUUGGUUGCUUCACUUGUGACAUUCGUCCCCUCGCUUACAUAUAAUGCAGCCCUCCUUCCUUUCCAUAUUUAUCAUGAUAAUAGUGUGAAUCUUCAUUUCUGUAUGCUGAGAAGAGGCUGGAAUGACUAGCACUACAGGAUGGCGGGGCAUGAAGGGCCCCUCUGAACCGCCUCUUUCCACACGUUGUCCCUCUGGCCAGUCCCUUCCCUCCCCCACCUUGCCACUUCAGGUUCUCACAGGCCUCCGUUUGUCUUGUGUCCAUUUUGUCACCUCAAUUCCCUCUUAGUUACUUUAGCCUAAAGUGGGGGAAGAUUUGUGUGUGUGUGCGUGUGUGUGUGUGUGUAUGUCUCUCUCGUGUGCUGGACAUAGGGACAGGGUGGUGGUUCUGUCCCCUUCCACUUGCUGCCACCUGCUGUAACUUAUUGUAACUUAUUAAUGAAGCAGGUCAAACUUUUGUUGACACACCUGAUAAUUAACGAGGUUUGGAUGGGGGCGGUUAGGCCCUGGCAUGAGCAAAAAGGCCUGGGGUCUGUUUUGUGUCAGAGGCUUCCUUCCUGCCAAAGCUGGCUUUAUGGUUAACAAUCUGUCUGUAACUCUAGGGGGAUAUGAGGGGUCACCUCCCUCCACCCCACAGCUGCUCAAUUGUCUCAAAGUAAUAAAUUCACUUAGUCUA